AUGAUUGCUCACCGGAGCGAUGCACUACGAGCCGAUGACUUCACACAUCGAGGAGCGAUCACGUUCGAUGGCCGUAAUAUUCGUCAACUAAUGGUUGAAGGCUUACAUGAACUUGUUGAUUUCCUAUUGGUGAUGCAAUUCGAUGACACUCGUGUUUACAUGGCGAUUUGCUCACUUUUCUCGUUGAUCGUUUUCUGUAACGCUUCAACUCCUGCUUUAUACGAACAAUGUUUGGCGCAGUUCGUUGCGAUGCGCGAAGUCUACUCGGAUCCUCUCCGAGGUAAAAAAGCCAAUAUCGACGAUGUGGUGCGCAAUUGCCUCAGUCUACUUCAUCGACAGCGUUUAGUAGUCGAUCAAACACAACGAGUAUCAUUCAAUAAAUCUCAUCUUAUCGUGAUGAAAGAUCUGGUUAGACUCGCAACGAGUCCGUAUGAAAUUGUGCGUCGUGCCGCAGGUAUAGUGCUGGCGAGUUUUUUCCAAACGUUCCAAUUUUCAUAUAUACUACUGUUGGAAGACGUUCUCAAAUUCAUGGAUCCCACAGCAAAGAAUGUCUCUGAAAAAGAUUUUAAGGGUGCUCUACAAGUUCUGUGUACUGGCCAGUUCUUUAUUGAACGUGAUUGGCCAACACUGAAUCGCAUUCUUCCGGAACUGGUCAAGGCGAAUUACGCGGACAAACCGGAUAUCCUUGAGAUGCUUAAAGCCAUUGAGGUGCUUGCAGUAUCCGGUUGGAAGUGGAUGCCAAUCAAAAUUGAGAUAUCAAAAGAGUUGGUUGCGUUGAGCAAAAACUUUUGGGAUGUUUCGAAGGGAACAAUCAAACCGGAAUAUCCGACGAUAUCAGCCGAACGAGAGGCCAAGGCUAUCGCUAAGCUUGCUGAAAAAUCGAAACGCAACGAAAAGUAA